GCGCGGCGGGGAUUUCAAACGGCGCGGCCGCUCCCAGCCCGUCCUGCCAUGGCGGCGCGGCUUCCCCCGCAGCUCCCCACCAGCCGCCGGUCCGAGCCGGAGUACCGAGAACAGAGAAGACAAAAAGUUGAAGAAUACCUAUCAAGAAAAAAGACCUUUUCUGGCAUGCCCAUUCGUGAAAAUGAGACAUCAAUCAGUAGCAGAACUAGGAAAGCAGCUAGCAAUAAACUGCAAGAUAAAACAAAGCUGUCAGCAUCUCCAAAGCCAGAAAUGGAAGAUAAGGAGAAUGCCAAUGAGCUUUCAUGGGACCAAUCAAGCAGAACUUCAGAAGAGAAUAUUUUGAAAUCUUCUACAAUCACACUGGCAUCGGAGACGAGUUAUAAUCCUGAAGAUCACACUUCAGUGAAUAAAGUCACUGAAAUAAAGUCUCAGCGUGUAUUAAUCAGCAAGUCCUUGCAAGUAAAAACCAUGAAAGAGAAACAACUGCCAGCAGAAAAACACAGUUCAAAUGUCAGCCUACCAAAGAAACCAGUGCUUGGUACAUAUCGUGGCAAAGUCAUCCAAUCCAAGAUCAACUCCUUUCGAAAAGCACCAAAGAGUGAGGGGGAAAAGAGUUCUUUGUCAGAUGAGAAGCUUCUUACUUCUGCCACCAAGCCAGCAGUGAAAUCUUUGUCCAGAGGCAGCUGCAAUGUAGUUCUGAAGACUAUGAAAGUCACAAAUAAUCCUAAUUCUGUAAAACCUAAUUGUGUCCCACCGUUACAGAGCAAGCCAUCUGUCAAACCUGCUACUAACUUCCAGUCCAGCCUAAAUAAACAGCCAUCAACAUCUGCGAUAGUACCAAAAAAAUUAACAGCCCAAAAAAUGAUUGGGAAGAGGGGACCUCAGCAACUGAAGGCUGCUGCUAAGAAUUCUGACCAUGGAGCACUAAAAAUGAAGAGAUGUGAGGACCUGUGUGAAGAUGGAAAACCAGAAGCUCCAGCAAAGCAAUUUUCUGUUGUUCCUGGUGGCAAGGCAGGACAGGAUUAUAAAGCUAACAGUAUCAAGAAAUCUCUUUUUCUGAAAGAAUCUGCAGAAGAGAGAAGAGUUCGCCUGGCUGAAUGGAGGGCAUCUAGAGGAAAAGUGAUGAAGAGGCCACCUACAUCUGUGCUUCUGGGAUCACAGCCUAAGAAUGAAGAACUCUCUUCUACUGGUGGUUUCUUAGAUUAUGAAUUAAAUAGCGAAAAAGUCAACAAGACUCUUACAGAAUGUCUGCAAUUAGCUGAGCAGGGAUGUCAAGGUAACAAAGCACGUGCCAUGUUGGAAGAACUGACAGAGAGUAUCCCUGGGGCUAAAAAGCUUGCAAAAUAUUGGAUCUGCUGGUUGCGCCUUGAACAGAUGGGCCCUCCUGAAAAACUUGUGGCUGGCUAUGAGGAAGCUGUUUUGGCAGGAGCAAUGCCUAGAGAUGAACUACGGCGCAUGCUGAUAGAUGCUAUCAGAAACACUGAAAACUUGGUUAAGUCUGAGGAUGGGGGAGUUGUGAUAGAAACUCAUUUAAAUGAGGUACUGGAAAUCAGCAAGGAACUCAAUUCAUCUGUUGAGCAGGUUCACGAGACCUUCAAGGAUCUUAAUAUUGAAGAUCAGAAAGCAGAGAACGAUGACAAGAAGGAAGAGGCUGGCAAUGAAGUGGUCAAAAAAGAAGAACUAGACCUAGUCUUUAAACCAGAAGAAGAGAUCUUGCCAAAAAAGAAAAAAAAGCACAAAAAUAAAGAACGUACAAAAAAGAAAAAAUGCGAAAGAAAAGAGCAGAGUGAAGAUAGGGUAAAAGAUACAGCUCAAACUGUUAACUCUCCUGAGAAGGAUAAUGACACAGAUUCUUUAAUGAGUUGUAAUCCAUCUACCAACUCCUAUUUGGAAAGUGUGAAGAUGCACUAUGAAGGAAACGAUUCUGAUGCUAAAGACCUGAAGAUUAUAACCCCUUUGCGGUACUCUCUACGAAUUCGGGAGAAGAUGUUCAAGUUUUCAGAUACUCCUAAAGAUUCUCUUGUCUCUUCAUCUGAACAGCUGCAGGAAUUGGAAUCAAAAGCAACUGUACUUAUCCAUAAACAGAAUGACAAACUGGAAGAAACAAGCGCUGAAGUAGAAAAGUAAAAAGUAGCAUUAACACUACAUGGGGGGGGAAGGAGGGAAGAAAUCAAAUUUUUAAGAAAGCUUGUUGUUUUUUAGCAGCCUUAGGAGAGGAGUUAUCUAAACCUUGUGUGGAUAGCCUAGGAUGAAUUCUGAUUUUAGUAUGCUUUUUUUUAAGCUUGUAUCUUCCUGUGUUUUCAAACUCUUGUGGUAAAUGUAAUGGGACUGUUUGGUACUUAACAAUAUCAGUGUCUUCAUGUUAAAUCUGAUUAAUACUAUAUACUUAAAGAUUAGGCUUAACGCACUUCAUGUAACAGUUCAGUGAUUAUAUUUUUAAUAUUUACUGUUUCCUGUUACAAUUCCUGUAAGUUCUUCAGAAUUGUAUAUUCUAAUUCUUUGCUUAAGCAUCAAAAGUAAAAAAGUAACUUAGGAAUUUCAAUAGGGAAAUAUCUACUACAGAAACUAGCUAGUGUGGUAUACAACUAGUUUUAAACUGCAAUAUCUGUUUUUUAAGGGGUAUUUCAACAAAACUGAGUACAAUCCCUUCAGUUAGCUGACCAUGAAUAAUCUCACUAACCUACCUUUUAUGUCGGUUUCCGUUAGUUUGUAAUAUGGUAGACUUAUUAAACAAAUCAGCUGACUUGUA